GCAAGGAAGUACGUUCAAUGGCAGUCUUGAAACAAGCUGGUAGCAGUGAAACAUGGGGAUCAAGUUCUGGGGCUUUCUGGUCGCUUCUGUUUUGGUUGCUUACUAUAUUUACAGUCCCAUUCCAGAGAAUGUUGAGAAUCGUUGGAAGGUGAUGUUAAUUGGUGCUGUCUUUAAAGCUGUGGGAGAUGUGGCUACAAUUGCUGAGAAACUGGGCUUUGCACACUACAUGGAUAUUAUUAUGAAGAUUACAGCUAUGGACUAUACCCCACCAGUAUCAGACGAAAAAGUCAUUGUGACAGACACCAGAUUCAAUAAUGUUCCAGUUCGCUUGUAUGUCCCUAAAGGGCAACCUGAUUCCUUGAAAAGAGCAGUGAUUUUCCUUCAUGGAGGUGGAUGGUGUCUAGGAGCAUCAAGCAUGAAAUCUUAUGACCACCUGUCAAGAAGGACUUCAGAACGGUUGAAUGCUGUGGUUGUAUCAGUCGAUUACAGACUGGCACCUAAAUACCGUUUCCCAGUUCAGUUUGAGGACUCGUAUGCAGUUGUGAAGUACUUCCUGCAAAGCAAAGUUCUUGAACGAUACAACGUCGAGCCAAGCAGAGUGUGUGUUUCAGGAGACAGUGCAGGAGGAAAUUUAGCUGCGGCUGUGGCACAGCAGCUUCUCCAUGACCCUGAAGUCAAAGUUAAACUCAAGAUCCAAGUUUUAAUUUACCCUGCCCUUCAGACCCUUGAUCUGAAUCUGCCAUCCUAUAAAGAGAAUGGACACCUGUCAUUUCUGCCUAAGUCUUUAGUGGUCAGAUUCUGGAGUGAAUAUUUUACAACUGACACAUCUCUGAAAAUAGCAAUGGAGACCAACCAACAUGUUCCUGCAGAGUCGAGUGAUUUGUUUAAGUUUGUAAACUGGAGUAACUGGCUACCUGAAAGGUUUAAAAGGGGCCAUAUUUAUACCACACCAUCUCAUGGAAGUUCCAAGGUUGGGCAGAAAUACCCAGGGUUCCUGGAUCCCAGAGCAGCACCACUCUUGGUUGAUGACGUCAAAUUGCGAGGCUUACCUCUCACAUACAUCGUCACGUGUCAGUACGACGUUUUGCGAAAUGAUGGGAUUAUGUAUGUCUCUCGACUUAAGAAGGCAGGAGUUCCAGUGAUACACGAACACGCAGAGGAUACUGUUCAUGGGGCCAUGGCGUUCACUGAGAGCCCAUUCAUCCUAACUGCGGGACAGAGGAUAGAAAACAAUUACAUUGAGUGGCUGAAUGAGAACUUAUGAAGGAAACCAGAUGGAUGGAACGACUUCCGCUCUGAUUUAUUUGGGCUAGGUUUUAUGCUGUUUUCCAGAGAAAGAAAUUACUUUUUCUGUGAAUAAUGUUGACAUUGUAAUUGUUUGGAAAUUACAGAAUACCUUUCUUCUUCUGUUUGGGUGAUUUUUUUUAAAAAAAGCUUCAACAAUGUGUAGUUAAUUGAAUUUUUUCUUUAAAAAAUUAAAUCAAAGAAAUUAUAUUUUCUGGUUAUUCCAGGUGUCAAAUUUAUGUAUUGGACCUAUAGGUCAGAUGUCUUUGCUCACCUACCAUUCAAGUUAGUCAUAUCAUGUUAGCUAAGAUAAUUAUUUCAGUGUUCUGAAAAAGCCCUAUGGGAUGGGCUCAGUGGCAGAGUACGUACCAAAUUGAACCAUUGCAAACUAUGUAGACAGUACUGAGAUUGAUGGACCAGUAGUCUAACUUGGUACUGUAUAAAGUAUUGAUCCAAUAGGUGAUAGGGGUCUUGUACAUUAGCCUUGUUUGAAAAAGUUAUGCUACAAUCAAAACUUAGUUCAGGCACUUUUUAAACCUUUAUGGGCUGGAGGAGGGAAUGAGAUAACAGCUACACUGGAAAUUUGAAAUGGGAGAACAGGUACAUUACAGAAUGGGUGAAGUGGGAAGGAAGUCAUAAAGUGGAUUGAAAUGUCUGUUAAAAAGAUUUUUUUCCUGUGUGAUCUAAUGAUCAAGCUUGAAUA